AUGGCCGAACCGACUCCCUCCACCGAGCUUGGCCGCCUGCGCAUCCUCUCGUCCACUGCAGGCGUGCGUGUCUCCCCUCUGCAGCUGGGUGGGAUGUCCAUUGGUGAGGCCUGGGCUGGCAUGAUGGGGUCCAUGGAUAAGGAUUCCACAUUCAAGCUCCUGGAUGCCUUCUACGAUGCCGGUGGAAACUUCAUCGAUACUGCCAGCGUCUACCAGAACGAGCAGUCGGAACAAUGGAUUGGCGAAUGGGUUGGCGCGCGCCAGAACCGUGACUCGCUGGUGCUAGCCACCAAGUUUAGCAUGGACUACCGUAGCUAUGUAAUUGGCAAGGGUCCCCAAGCUGCCAACUUCGCGGGUAACUCCCGGCGCAGCAUUCACGUCGGUGCCCGCGACUCGCUGAAGAAGCUGCGCACCGACUACAUUGAUAUCUACUACGUUCACUUCUGGGACUUCACUACAUCGAUCAAGGAGGUCAUGGACGCCCUUCACAUACUCGUCGAGCAGGGUAAGGUCCUGUACCUGGGAGCAUCGGACACCCCUGCCUGGAUUGUGGCCGCCGCCAACACCUACGCUAUCGACCACGGAAAGACUCCCUUCAGCAUCUACCAGGGGCGCUGGAACCUUCUGAACCGCGACUUCGAGCGCGACAUUGUCCCCAUGGCCCGUCAAUUCGGCAUGGCUCUCGCACCCUGGGAUGUUCUUGGUGGAGGCAAGUUCCAGUCCAAGCCUGAGCUCGAGCGCCGCAAGGCUGCCGGAGAAGGCCUGCAAAUUAAGGCCAGUGAGGCUCUGGCGAAGGUGGCGUCCGAGCACGGCAUUGAAUCCGUCACCUCCGUCGCGCUGGCCUACGUCAUGUCCAAGGCCGGCAAUGUCUUCCCUCUGAUCGGCGGCCGCAAGGUCGAGCAACUGCAGGACAACAUCCAGGCCCUCAGCCUCAAGCUGACCCAGGAGCAGAUCGAGUAUCUUGAGAGCGUCAAGCCCUUCGACCCUGGCUUCCCGCACAAUUUCAUCCCCGUAGACCCGAAUGUCACUGGUUCGUCAUUCCUGAUUGCGCGAACCAACGCUAUUAAGUUCCCCAACGCCUAUAAGCCGACCUCUCUAUGA